UUGAUGUUAUGAAACAUUUUGGGAAAGUAUCAAUAAAAGAAAUAAUGGGAAAACAUUUUUAACUGAAUAUCUCACUUUAUUAAUUGCACCUUUUCCUCCACCCACCAACCUAUACACAGGCAUCUUUUUCUCAAGCUUUUCUGAAUUUUUUUUCUUUUGUCUGUGUUGCUCUCUUUGAAGUGAGGAAGCAGUGCAAUGUGCAAUCAAAUACAACACACUUUAGAUUAAAAGACGCCCUGUAUAAGGAGAGAGAAAGAGGAUGGGGGCGGGGAAAAGAAGACAGUAGCUCCAUACACCUCUGCUUAUUUCCUUUCACUUCAUUUUUCUUGUCACAUUGCUCUACAUAUUGGUUCUUGUCAGCCACAACCAAGGUAAGAUCUGAUCAAAUAUUGUUAAAAAGCUGAUUAGAAGGCAUGUUGUUUCCAGUAAAAUUAAAGUUGUCUUUUGUGGACUUUUGAUGUAACGUUUUACGUUCUUUGAGGGAGAAAGUCUUCUGAUCAAAAGUUAAGAACUGUUGACAUAUUUUAACAUGCCUGAAAUUACAGUCUAGUCUCAAUAAGGAGUCCAAUUUGUAUCAAAUAAAUGCAUUACUGUAUGUCAUCAUAGUGAGUAAUGUGUCAUGGUAUGUUGUUUGAAAUAUUUGCUGUACUUAUUAAAAAUUAAAUGGGCCUAUAGACGAAGCAUUUUGUUAUAGUCAUGGUCAUAUGUUACUGAGAACUGAAAAGAAAUACAAAAGCAAACAUUAUCAUUGGGCCAUGGCCUCUUAAUAUGACAAAAAGCAUUGGCUUGUUGUGUACCGAAGGUCAUUUCGUUGACCUCAAGGCCUCUUAUCAAUUUUAGUAAAUAGAGUCACCUUGUUUACUCAAAUGAGAUGAGUGAAUCUCUAACUGUGUAGCACAACUCUCUGUCAGAUGGAAAACUCUCUGCUGGUGACUCUAACGGCGCUCCUGCUCCUUGGUGUUCGAGAAGGAAUCUCCUCCACUACAACAGUAAACAGCUCCCCAAACCCUUCAAUCCCAUCAACCCUUAAUCCUUCUGCUGCACCUUCAUCCUGUACCCCACAGACCCCAUGCAGGAACAUCACCCAAUAUAUCACUCUGCCUCCUGUUGUUGCACGGGUUAAGAUGUACUGGAAGCAGGAGAGUCACUGUGAGGGUCAGCUGUAUCUCUCAUUCUUUCAACAGCGUGACGUCCCUUUGUGCUUCAGCAGUCACAUGGCAAGCAAGUGGUGGAAUGACCUGUGUAAGGACAGAAGAUGUGGAGACUUUGAAGGCUUAAAGCCCACUGAAGAAACUAAAGGUUAUCUUCUCUCGAGCAAUAUGUCAGUGAGCAACGCUUCCUGUUCGGGUGUGCGUAUCACUUGCCAAGAUACUCUUGGAAGAGAGUUGGCUGCUUAUAAGGCAGUAACUGGCAUAUUGCUUUUCUUGAUCCUGAGUGUUAUUCUGCUUCAGUUUGGCCGGCCAACGUACAAAGCCAUCCGCAAAAGAUUUUCACAAAAACGGCAGAAUCGAUGGAUUGGCCCAACUCAGAGUCAGAGUGUGUCCUAUCACAGAGGUCAAGCUGGUGGUAACCCAAACAACAACACAUUAAAGGGGCAGUCCUUUCCAGGUUUGGAAAGGCUGACUGUAAAUCCUAGCAGAGAGCCCUCAUCUAACAGAAACAGUGACUAUGACUCAUAUGGCUACAAUUGAAAGCCUGUAACACAAAAGACCUAACCGAUAUGUCCACGCCUAGACAUCAGUCUCAUCUACAAGCGGCUGUCUUACGCUAUAAGGCUUCAGUUGGUUUUGAGCUGCCAUUUGGCAAGUCUUGGGAUUUGUAAAUAUGUAUGAGAAGUACAGUUAUGGAAUUAGUUUGAGAAAAUCAAACUGGUCACAACCACAAAAGCAGUUGCUUUGUUAUGCAUAGCAGGAUUCAUUUAAUAUUUUCAAAUUGCUUAUUUUGCUCUGUACACUGUGAAAAGUGAUACAAGCAGUUGUUACCUUAUUUUUACCUGAUCUGACUUUUAUAAAUGACUUGCAUUGGUGUGAUCUAAUGUAAUCAGGCUUAUUCCAUCAUAAAUAAUAUUUGAAAAGAUGUUACCACAUGAAGCAACAUUUUUAGGUCAAAAAAAAAAAAAAAAAAAAAUUGUAAUAAAAAUGUACUGUGUAUUUUUGUUGUCAUUUUGUAAAUAGCCAGAAACCAAAUGGGAUUUUGCUCCUGUAAGAUAUGUAAUGAUAGACUUCAACAAAAAUCUGAUGAACUGGUGGAACAUAUGGCUUUUUGUUUAUUUAUACAAGUGGUUGACUUUGGAGUUGGUUUGUGAACUUUUUAAAAUAAACCAUGAUUUUCAGAUUCUUAAAAGAUAGUCAUUUCCACAUUUCUACAUUUUCUUUGUUAUUGUUUCAUGUCUUUUGUUUGUAUGAGUAAGUGAAGAUUCUGUAUAGAAUUAGACAGAAGUAAGUUGAACACUACAGUAUACGCUAAACACAUUAACUUGAUUAUGUUUGUGUUUUGAAAGAUUUCAAGAGUUGGCAAAGAUGGGAGCGAUUUAAAGGUGAUAACGGAAGAGUGAAGAGGGAAUUUGGUGUGAAUGCACAAUCUUGCAGCAAUGUGGUUUCCUGUCGUAAUUCUAUUAACUUCCUGUUCCUGUGUUAUUUCUGUCUUUCAUGCUCUAAAUAUAAUGUAGAUGCACUGUGCUCAUUACAGUCUUUUUAGUUUCUUCAAUUUCUUUGUCUUUCUUUUGUGUUCUCUCUCUCUCUCUCUCUCU